ACCGCGGCAAAGACGCAAUGGCGCGAGUGAACUGCUUGUGCAGCGUUCGGAGCGUUUUGGCUCCCACCUUGGAAGCACUUUACAGGCCGCAAGAAAAGCGCCAUCAAGGUCUUCUCAAUUGCUAUCAUCUUCAAUGGCGUCCAUCAGAGUCGCUCCUACAAGAGCCCAGCGUGCCGUCAACCUGCUUCGCGCUGUGAACUCGGGCACGAGCUCCUGUCCAUGCCAUUCCAACCCACAACACCAUCACAAUGCACAUCCGUCGCUCAACCCGCCUGCCGGCAAUAGGAGGCGUCUGGCAACGCCUGUGGACACGUCACGACAGAAAGAAUAUGCAUUCGAGAUGGCCGCGAGUAGUAUACGCUUUGGACCGGGCUGUACGAAGGAAGUGGGCAUGGACUUUGCCAAUCUCGGUGCGAAGAAAGUCAUGGUUGUCACAGACAACACGGUGUUGCAGCUCGACGCGAUGAAGCAGGUCGCAGAAGGCUUGGAGAGGGAGGGCAUUGCGUAUGAAGUGUAUUCGAAGACCAGAGUGGAACCGAAGGACUACUCCAUACGAGAGGCCAUCGAGUUCGCCAAGCCAUACGCCCCAGAUGCUUUCCUUGCUGUAGGAGGUGGCAGCGUGAUCGACACAGCCAAGCUCAUGAACCUUUACACCACCUUCCCAGACGCAGACUUCUUGGACUUUGUCAAUGCGCCACUAGGCAAAGGUAUGCCCAUUACGGCAAAGCUGAAGCCGCUCAUUGCAGUACCAACAACAGCCGGUACCGGCUCAGAAACCACGGGCACAGCCAUCUUCGAUCUGGUCGAGAAGAAGGCAAAGACUGGUAUCGCGCACCGCAACCUCAAGCCCACCCUUGGCAUCUGCGACCCUUUGAACACUCGUACCAUGCCCUCCGCCGUUCACGCCUCCUCCGGCCUCGACGUCCUUUGCCACAGCCUUGAGUCAUGGACAGCCAUUCCCUACUACGAGCGCAUACCUCGUCCAACGAACCCGAUCAACCGGCCCGCAUAUCAAGGCGCCAAUCCGAUCUCUGACAUCUUCUCCCUCCAGGCGCUCCGGAGCACCGUCAAAUACCUGCCCCGCGCGGUCAAGGAUCCCGAUGACUUCGAAGCGCAGUCAAACAUGCUCCUCGCCGCCACGCUGGCAGGAGUGGGCUUCGGCAACGCAGGCGUGCAUCUCUGCCACGGCAUGAGCUAUCCCAUCUCCAGCCAGAACCCAGGCUAUCAGCAUGCCGGCUACCAAGUCACGACGCCAAUUAUUCCGCAUGGAGUUUCGGUCGCAGUCACUGCACCUGCUGUGUUCAAGUUCACGGGCGCAUCGAACCCCGAGCGACAUCUGGCAGCGGCCGAGGUCUUUGGGGUGGACAUAUCGCAGGUGAAGAAGGACAGCGCAGGUGAAGUGCUGUCGGAAGCAUUAGCGGAGUUCCUCGUGGGACUUGGCGAUCAGCCAAGAGGUCUCAAAGCUCUGGGGUUCAAGAACAAGCAUGUCGAAGGAUUGGUGGAGGGUACGAUCCCGCAGGCGAGAGUGCUAAUGCUGGCUCCCAGUCUGGAUACUUCAGGUGGGCAGGAGGAAAGGGAGCAGCUCAGAGGUCUAUUCGAAGAGGCUAUGGAGUACUGAAGCGCCAUCUGUGAGUCAUAGCUGAUGCGUUGUAAAAGC